CUGCGCUGUCUGUCAGUUCAGUUGAGUUUCAUUGUUCCACAGAAAAUGGUGCAUCGCGGGAUGAUGGUCGCGUAAUCGCCUCUUAAUUUUACAUUGCACCCAGUUUAGUCGCGGAAUUUCGGAUCCAGUUUCCCGUGUCCACCAUUGGCUGGGGAAGCUCUUUGCCCUGCUCGGUUGUGUUAGCUUUUCCUUACGCUGCGCGAGUAACUCAUAUCCGAAAGGACGGGUUUGUUUUUUGUGUUGUGAAAAUUUGCGUCGAAUUCCAUCGGUGGUGCGCAGAAAUAAAGGCCCGUGUCGCAAGAAAGAAGAGCGAUUCAAGGGGUGUUCGAAAGGGGGUUGCUCUUGUGUUUCGGUUCAAAUUAUAUAUUGUGAUUGUGUGGAAUUACUGCUAGGUAUAGGUUGGAAUUGGUUGAAGUGCGCUUAGAGCUUUAGCGAAGCAAUACCAGCAGAAGUGUAGAAGGACGUGAAGCAGGAAACAGAGGCCAGCUCUCGUGUUCGGUAGCCAGCAGCAGAGACCAGACCAGACCAAAGGCUAGAGCGGGACGGGACGAGAGUGUAUGUGUUGGAUUUCGUUUCACCUCUGCCAUAUGAACAGUAGAAAUAUGACGAUCCCGUCAAGGCCAGCACCACCGCCUCCACAGGCAUCCUCCAACAAAACCACACGCUAUAGUCCGGCCACCAACUGGGAUGACACACCGUUCAGUCCACCGGCAGUUGGCUUUCCCGCAGCCAGCAGUAGAGCUGUCCCUCCCCUGACCGGAAACCAACUGAACACGAAACCCAAGAAGGCACCUCCACCGAGGCCUCCCCCACCGAAAGUUGUCCCUGCGCUGAAGAAACCCGGUCAGCCGCAGUCCAUCAAUAUUCUGUCGAACCUCUUCGGCCAGAAGCGAAGUCAUGCACCGAAAGGAGUGACCAAGUCCCAGCAAGGACAGUUGCCGAUGAAAUUACCACCACCUCCGAAGCAACCGCCGCCCCUAAAUCAACACCCAACUGGACACUACGGUUCCAUCGGGUUCACGUCAGGGAACAAUGCUCAACCCACCGCUACCGGAUCCGAGCUGAUCAGCUUCGAUUCCCCACCCAGUUCACCCACAUUCACGCAAAAGUCCUGCAGCGACUGCAUCAGUGUGGAUAGUUUCAGUUCCGACUCAAACUAUUCCUCACCGAACAAUGGGAACAUGUCCCAGGCGGAGAGCGGCUUCGAAGAUGAUUUCGUUAGCCAGCACGAACAUCAACGGUCAAAGGCCACUACACCGGCGUCGUCCACGUCAGCGACGCCGUCUUCGUCAGCCCUGAAAGAUCUUUGGGACAUAUCCGACGCCUUCGGAGUGCAACAGACGUCCACCAAACCAACAACGAAUCCCUCCAGCAUCUACGCACCGGUAGGCUCAGCCACGAUUCGAGCUCCCGCGGUGAACAGCAAACUCUACGCAUCUGAAUUCGUAGAUCCCCUGUGCAAUGGCAAAUCCGUUGCCCCAAAAGUACAAACCGUGGCAAUGCCCACUAUUAUCAAACCAGGUGGUGCCAGCAAUAGUCAAAAGAGUACUCCCGUGCACAGUAGUCUGAAGCCGAAACCGGCACCGCUGCCACUGUGGACAUCGGGGAAACCACCAAUCCCAUUGCCGUCUUCGGUUCCAAUAGCUGCUGGACUACUAUCUACGGGGGCCAGCUACGAAGAUGACGGCGAGGAAUCCCUGGACUCCCUGCCGUCGCCACCGAUGCCAAACAUUCCACCACCUCCGCCACCACCUUGUUUGGUGGAUGAGUCUGAGGACCUUGAGACGGCCGGCGGAGCAAGCGGCGGCGAGCCAUACGGAAUCGCAAUGUACGAUUUCAACGGAGAAACCGAUGAGGAUCUCAGUUUUCGGACAAACGAUAAAAUCUACUUGCUGAAGCGACUGAACGAAGAAUGGCUGCUAGGGCGAGAUCGACGUGGCUGCGAGGGAAUGUUCCCUGCCAACUACAUAGAGGUGAAGGUACCAUUGGAAGAAGGACGAUUACCCUCUACCAAGGCAUUCAGCAGUAGCGGCAACAACAGCAGUAGCAGAUCCGAAACUGCUAUCAAUCAUAGUGAUAUUAGUCAUAGUGGAACCGAUAGCUUUAAAAGCCACCACCCGAAGGUGCGUGUGCUGUACACCUUCAACGCCGAAACUCCAGAAGAUUUGACGAUAGUGGAAAACGAUUAUGUCACUGUGCUAGGCCAGAUCACAUCCGAGUGGUUGUACGGAGAAAUGCACGGGCAGCGGGGUCAGUUCCCGGCCAACUUUAUCGAGUACGUUCCAGCCAAUCUACCUCCUAAGCCGGCCCAGGAUUACAACGGUGGGGCGUAGAAGAGCCGAAACCGUAAGCACCUUGUGGGUCCAAACGAGCCUUCGUUUUUUGUUUGUCAUCUUUCGCUCGCUUACAACCACAACUGAGUAGCAAAAUCCCUUCUACGUAGUUUUUGGUCCAGAAAUAGGAAUACCCAUUAGAUGUGCUUCGUUGCAACAGUAGAAUUCGGAUAUUGCGAUAGGUGCUCCAUUUUUGACCCAACUUCACACAUUUGCAUUCAUAAAGCUCUGGAGAAAUGAAGCAAACGACCAAGCCAUUAACUGAAAACGUUAGCAAAUGCCUUUAGAAGAGUAAGCAUUUUCGUUCAUUUCUUCUCGAAUAAGUAUGUAAAUAUAAAGCGGGUUUUUUGCAGAACGUCGCAAACCGACCUAAACGAUCGGAUAGGUCACUGUCCUUUCGCAAAAAUUAGCAAUUCCCUUGGUUUUAUUGGGCUGAUAAUGUCUGUAUGUGUGUUUGUCUGCGACCUCUUGGGAAGAGUGAAGAAUGAUUGAGAUUUUGUCGACUUAUAUUGCACGAAAGCAUAAACAAAGUCUUUUGCCGGCCUCCCAAAUAUGUGAUUUGAACGUGAUGGUAUUAAUGUAAGUUUUGCAUGCGAAGUAACUUUUCUAAAAUACAAUUUAUCCUUUGAGAAUCGAAGUGAUCAGAAGGCGAUGAAAGUAGUAGAACUAAAUCAAUAACACUGAUAAUCUUUAGACUUACAUGAUCUGAAUCUACACGUUUUGCAACAGUUGGGCACCACAUUCAAACUCCGCUGAUAAGCUUAUCCUGUUGCUACUAUAAGAGGUGAAAUCUGUGAAAAUCGUUAGUAUCCUAUUAAUUUGUCUAUACAUACACACUUUAUAUUAGGUAAACCCUUUAGCUUAGCUAUAAUUUAUUCAAAAAAAUAUCAAAAUACACAGAGUACACACUGAAUGCUAACUACUAGUAGUAGGUUCUUUUGUAAAGAUUUUUACUUUAGGAAUAUAAAAUGAACAUUCACUUA